UCAGAGGGUCAUGGCGUCCGCGGCGUUGGAACCCUGGCAGGCUGCGGCUCCGCGAAGGAAAAGACGCUCUGCGGAGCGGCGACCGCGGGGCAGGGAGGUAGCCCUGCGGGACCUGGAGGCCCAGCCUGAGGCGGACUGCGGAGUCGUGCUUCGUCGCAUCCGGGAGGCCGGGAAGGACCUGCUUCUGUCUGAUUUCUGGAGUCUGGCACUAGAAACCAUCAACAGCUGUCUUACAAAACAUCUGGAACAACUGAAAGUCCCUGAGGGGACUCUUUCGGAAGCCCUUAGAAACCUGCAUCUUGACUCCUCGACAAAUGAGUCUGCUGUGACACCUGGCUUCAUCCCAGGGGAGAACCCAGUCCCGGGAACCUGCUGUUGGAAGUGUGUAUGUUAUGGCAUUGGAAACUUUGCCACCUGCGUCAUAGCUAGACACCAGCUCACAUUUCUGCUUCUCUUCCUGGAAAAGUGCCAGAUUCCCAGGAGGCACUGCUGGGUGUACGACCCUCUGUUUAGCCAGCUAGAAAUUGCAGUUCUGAAGAGCCUUGGUGUGACUGUUCUCAGUGAGAACGAGGAAGGAAGACGGAGCGUCCACGGCGAGCCCACCAUCUUCUACAUGCCCCACUGCGGCACAGCCCUGUACAACAACCUUCUGUGCAGUAACUGGUCAGUGGACGCCCUUGCCAAGAUGCUCAUCAUUGGGAACAGCUUCAGAGGACUCGAGGAGAGAUUGCUGGCAAGGAUUCUACAGAAAAAUUAUGCCUACAUUGCAAAGGUUUUAAAAGGACUGGAGGAGCUUGAGCUGCCUGAGACUUCACAGUACAUGGACGUAUUUAACGAUACCUCCAUCCACUGGUUCCCUGUACAGAAGCUACGACGACUCCCCAUGGACACUUGGGCUUUCCGGGAAGAACCAGACUACCAGGACUGUGAGGACCUUGAAAUCAUCAGGAACAAGAGAGCUCCCUCAGCUGCUGACCAGAACUUGCCCUGGCAGGGCAGCUGUCCGCAGAGAUGACAGGGAGGGUGGCCAUGUGGGGAGCACCCUUCUUUGUGGCGGGCCAGACUCGAGAGCCCAGAAAAUACGCAGUGUGGUUCUCCUCAGCGGAGGACAUGCCACAGAAGGGCUCAGUGUAAAGACUGACAUGCCUUGGCAUUAG